AUGUCAUUUGAAAUGGUCGUCGAUGAUAAUAAUAACCAUUACUUUCCCGAUCUCAACGAACAAGAUUGGAUUUUAGAAAAGCCGAUUUCGGUCUUGUCAUUGGAUCUAGCUGAUCGAAAAGUUCUCAAAGUAGCCGAUCAACGUGAUGCUGUUCAGAAGAAAACAUUUACCAAAUGGAUGAAUUUCUAUCUCUCAACGAGAAAUGGUCUACAUGUUGAUGAUCUUUUCGUAGAUCUACGUGAUGGACAUUUGCUAUUAACUCUAUUAGAAAUAUUGACAAAUCAAACAAUCCCAAGAGAACGUGGAUCAUCGAAAUUUCAUGCUUUGAGAAAUAUUGAACAGUGCCUUCAAUCACUGGAAUGCGAUCACAAUAUUCGUUUGGUAAACAUUCGUCCUGAAGAAUUAGUGAAUGGCAAUCCUAAAUUAACCCUAGGGCUUAUCUGGCGAAUCAUCCUUCAUUUCCAAUUUUCCGACGCGAUACUGUUUUCCUCGGAUGAAGCCGUAUCAACUGCAUUGACAGAAUCGGUCCCAUUGAAAACAUCAACGAAAAAACUAAUUCUCGAUCAAGUUCCUGCUAAUUACCGAACGAGAUUAUUGCUAUGGGCUCGACAACAUUGCCAAGAUUAUCCUGGCGUAUCUAUGGACGAUUUUACCUCUUCGUGGAGAAACGGUCGAGCUUUCCUCGUUAUCCUACAUCGACAUAAUCCGAAACUAAUUGAUAUCAAACAAGUGUACCGCUCUUCGAAUCGAGACAAUCUUAUGUACGCUUUUGAUUUUGCAGAAAAACACUAUGGAAUUACAAAACUCAUCGAUCCUGAAGAUGUGGAUUCCGAUGAGCCGGAUGAAAAAAGUAUCCUUCUAUACAUUUCUCAUCUAUACAAAGCUUGCCCAAUUGUGCCGGUCCAUCCAUAUCAUGAACAACACAACAAAAUUCAUCGUGAAGGUGAAUUGCUGUACGAAUACACGACGCUUUCGACAGACGUUAUGCAAUGGAUAAGACAAAAAAUGGACUAUCUCAAUCGUAAAAUUAAAUUUCAAACUUUUGAGCAAUUUCGAACAUUUGAAGACAACUUUCAAAAGAUGAAACACACCGAAUUACCCAAGUAUCAUCGAUUAUUUUAUCGAUUAAAAUCCAUCGAUGCCGAAUUCGAAAUCCUACAAUCAAACGAAUCAUUGCAACCAGAUAUACAUUCAUUAAAUCUAGCUUGGAACAAAUUAGAAGUUACUCUGACUCAAACAGAGAUCGAUCUUCAACAUUAUGAGAAACUUGAACGUGAUCUUGACUCAAUCGAACGUGAUAUAACCAAUAUCGAAAUAAAAUCGAAACCAUUUGAUACACACUACAUCAAUGAGAUACAAAUCAAGUUAGAACAAAUGAUCAACCAUUUUCACACUCUCUCGUUACCUGAUGAGCAGACACGUAUGGUCUUAGAGAGAAUCAAUCAAUUAAACUUUCGAAUUGAUAUACAUUUAAUCUCAUCACCGAUCGUUGCCAGUUCGAGUCCAUUACAUCAGGUUCCAUCAUCUGGUGUCGAACAGUUGAAUGUGAUCGUCACUGGUGAUUUCAGAGAUACAAUUGUUUCUCCACAAUCAGAUAGUUCUGAUUCAAGUCGAUCACAAUCAAGAGACCUGAUUAAAGAACUUCAUUUGAUUGAUACAAUUCUAACUACACUUGAUCAACUAGUUCGAGAACGAACGAUUCAUUUACUUCAAACAAGUUCACCAUUAACUUCGGAUGAACUUUUGAUUCUUUACAAACAACAUCAGAUAAUCAGUUGUGAACAAGUGAUGUACCGCUCUUUUUCUACCUCAUCUGCCGAUCAUCGGCAUAACAAUCGUGCAUCAACAGCAACAUGUCGACAUUUGCCUGUUCGGCUUGUUUACAAUAACGUCGAUGAUUUUUAUUCUUCCGAUACUGACGCUCAAUAUAAAACACAUCUUCAACACAUCUCAGCGUGCACAACCAGCUCUUCUUCGCCAAGUUCAAUAAACAAUGGAUGCUAUCGCAUACUGCCUUUUCAAUAUUCACCUACUGAGCAACACCUAUCGGAUCUUCCCAGUGUAACAGCGAAUGAACGUGGAAUUAACGUUCGAAUCAACCUCCAUCGUCCUCAACGUCGUCACAAACGUCGACAUCGUCGACAUAAAACCGAAGAAUACGAACGUCGUUCUCACAAACACAUGACGAAAGAACAACAACAUUACAGUUCUUGCCCUGUCCUUUACAGAAAUACUUCGAAUGUAAAAUUGUCAGCUCCCUCGAAUAUCACCUACAUCGAAACACGAUCCAUUGUACGAAAUGGUUCAGCUGAUCAAUUAAAUAAGAAUAAAUCUAUAGUGGACGCUCCCGAUUUCGAACACGAACUUGUCUCCCAAACAAAUCGUGUUGAAAAGAUUCGAACUCAACAAUCCAGUUCAUCUGCACAUCACGAAGUAAAUUCACUAGUUACUCAAACAUCUGAUCACAUUCAAGAUUUAUUCAACAUGUCCAAGAACUAUUCGGACAAAUUAGACAUCGCUGAUACUGCUUUAAAUCUUUUGAAUAACCUAACCGCUCAAAUUAUUGACUUGGAAACACGUUUAGUUUCUCAACCAUCCCUCGUCGAUGACGAGGACUCCAUUCGCCAUCAAUUCAACGAACUUAAUGAACUUAACAAUCAUCUUCAAACGUUGGAGAAGUCCGUGAAAGAACUUCUCCGACACAGUGAACAACUUAGUAACGAAAGAUUAAUCCGUAUCAGCGAACAAUUAGCGACACGAUGGAAACGAAUCACUUCGGAAAUUUAUCAAAGGAAACGAUCAAUUCUUCAAAUAAUCGAAUCACAUCGAUCGUUUCACAAUGUGUUUCAAAACGAAGAAAACGCGUUGAACCAUCUUCAAAGUCGAAUCCAACUUCUCGAACCAAUCACCAACGAUCCGAACAACCUUCAUCGCAUAGCAAAAACUGUCACUGAUUUGUUCAAUGAUGUUCUUUUUCAAGCCCAAUCCGUUGAGCACAUGAACGAUGUAGCCGUGAAAUUCAUGGAAGAAGUUAAGAUGCAUGACAAAAUUUUGAAACAUUUUCGUUUAUCACUAUGUGAUUUAAACUCAAUCGCAUUCAAACGACGACGGAUAUCAUCCAAUGGUCAACGAGCUUCAUUAGUAGUUCUAAAACAAGUCGAAUCGUUCGAUAAACGGUACGCAAAUCUUCUCAUGAAGAUAGAAGAAUAUGCACGCUUAUUGAAGAAGAAUUUCAACAGUAUCGGCCAAACAAUCAAUCUUCCAAUUGAUUCAAUAUCCAAUCUGAUACAUUGUUAUCGAAGUACAAUUCUCUCGAGAUAUGAUAUUACUUUCGAAUCGUUUCUUUCAUCCGAUGAAGAUGAGCAGAGAAUUCCGAAGAAAACAACAAGGUUAGACUACAAUACAGUCGUCGUCGUCGUCCUUCAUUCAUUUCGUUUUAUUGACUUGUCACACGGAAAGGUCACGAUAAAUCAUCAUCCAUUAUCAUCAAACGAUGGUUCGGUUUCAUUUGAAACGACUUAUGUUAUUCCAAGAACAGAAAUCGAAACUGACCAAAAUCGAAUAGCUAAUCUGAAUAAUAAUAACAAUAAUGAUAAUGAUAAUAAACUUCAGUUCAUUGUUCAAAAGCAACCAUCGUUAUCGUCGGCAAUUUCGAAUGCUAAUAUAAUUGUAACAAAUUCGAAAUCAAAUGAAAUGACAAAACGAAAAAAUCUCUCGUUUGUUGAUGCGGUCAAUAGUAAAUAUCUCGAUUUGUCAACGGGUCUCUUUUCUUCUCCUUUUCCAUUCGCUCUUUCUUCUUCUUAUUCUUCUUCUUCUCCUUUUUCUUCCUCUACAUCGCCGCCCGACCACCAUCGCCAUCCUCGCAACCAUUUCUCUUCUUCAUCGUCUUCGCCGCCACAUACAACCGACAACAAAAAUCUUCUCUCUACGUCGCCGUUGUUGGUGAAUAAUUAUCCUCCUCCCGUUGGCGCAGACUCCACCAUAACCACAACUAAUACAACUACGUCCAUUACAUUGAAAGAGGCGAUCGACACAAAUAUUCUAGACGCGCGUAGCGCCUACGUGGUCGAUACGCUCGAACAACGAAAUUACGAUUUACGCGAAGCUUAUUCUCGUGGGUUAAUCAAUUCGACUAAUCACCAUAUAUUCGAUCGUGCAACAUCACGACAAGUUGACUUAGGUGAAGCACUAAAAAUGGGUAUUCUCAAAGUUGGUGAUCCACCCUCGUACAAUGUCAUUUCGAAAACCGAAUCACUUGUCAUUUCAAGUGUCUUUGAUCAUCGUGCAAAUACUUUUAUCGAUCCAAAUACCGCAAUUCGUGCAAAAAUCCUUGAUCCCUAUCAUGGCUUAUAUUUCAAUAAUUUAACUCAAGAAUCAGUUUCAAUUGACGAUGCAAUGAGCAAAGGUUUCGUUCUCGUUGAACAACAACAACCAACAGCGAAUCACAAUCAUCAUCAUCAUCAUCCCAACGACAAAUAUGUUAUAUCAACAUCAUUAAUACGAGAAACACGAUCAUACCAUUUACUCGGUGUACGAGAUUAUCUUAACAACAAAGAAUUAACUGUUCAGGAAGCGAUUCAAGUUGGAAUCUUAGAUAAACAAAAUGGACAAUAUAUCAAUCGAAAAACGAAUGAAAUCUUCUCUAUUUCAGAAGCGAUCGCUCAAGGACAUAUACGUGCUCAACCAUUACCAGUCGAUGCAACAAUUAAUUCAGAUACAGCAAGCAACAGUCAAAUAAAACGUGGAACAGUUAAAGAAACGAAGACUUAUACAUUAAAAAGUGCGAUACAUCCUCGUACACGCCAAGAAAUACCGAUUCGUCUGGCGAUUGACGAAGGCAUUAUCGAUCAUGCGAAAGGUUUUUAUGUAAAUAGUAUUACAGGUGAAAAUCUGCCAAUAAGUGUUGCAAUUGAGAAAGGAUUAAUCUUCACGGAAUUGAUCGAUCAACAUCCGCGACGGUUCGUGAAGAAUUUAAUUAUCGAGCAAGUUAUUGAUCCCGUGACAAAUCGUCGUCUGGGUGUUACUGAAGCGAUUAAAACAGGUCUAUUGAAUUCAAAUAUCACAAUUUACUAUCAUUCCGUUACACAAAAACAAAUGAGUAUACUUGAAGCGUACGAACAAGGUCUUAUCAUUGGCAAACUUCGCGAUCAACAUCCUCCAUCAUUUUAUGGUGAUCAACACGAACAAGUUUUCUAUUUAAUCACAGGUGUUACUGAUAUACGAACUGAUAAAGUUUAUAAUCUUCAAGAAGGUAUUCAACAAAAACUUUUCGAUCAUAAAAAAGGUGUGUAUAUUCAUCCAGUCACAGGCGAUGAAAUCAAUAUCGGUGAUGCAGUUAAACGAGGCUUUAUUCAAGUUCAAUCAGUCUCCUCUCAGAUUAUAUUUAACAAUAUCGAACAUAUUUCAUCUAUCGACAGACGUCGUGCAAUAAUCAGUCAAGAACCGUAUGGAAAUGGCAACGAUUCGCGUUCGAAAUUAUCGAUACGAAUCGAAUCUCAAUCACGACCACGAACACCCUACGAAAUCAAUGAAUCGGAAGUUUUACAACGUGAGAAAGACGUGGUGGAAAUUGAAUCUGUUCAACGUCUACCCCGACACAAAAAACAACAUCAGAGCACACGUGAAGAACAAAUCAUUGAAGAACAUACAACGAAUGUAUUCGAUCGUGAAAUUUUCGUUCAUCAAAACAAUCCUCUACGACCGAAAUCCACCGAUCAGCAACGACAACAAUAUAUCGAAGAAGUCGUUAUCGACGAUGGAAUCAAUCCUAAUCGUCGAGCGAAAGUUGAUAUUAAAGAAGAUCGACGCACAUUACAUAAAGAAAUUGUUAUUGAAGGCGAUAGAUACAUGCCACCGCCAUUACCACCAAAAGACCAUGUUGUGAUUAAUGGUUCACAUCGAGAAAAUGAGGUUCGUGUCGUUCAAUCGAGUCGUCCACAACCAUUGGCACCUCCACCGCGACCAGUUCACAUUGAUGAUCGUCAACGUGAAGGUCAACGUAUACAUCAUGGAGAACUCAUCAUCGAAGAUCAUCCACGACCAUUCACAUCAUCAACUCAAACCACCGUCACCAAAGAAUAUCUUGACAUUACAGAUACCCGUUCGAAAUCUUCGUCAGUCACUUCACCGCAAAAACCGUCGCAACCAACGACUGAAUUCCAUCUUGAUGAACAACAAUCAUGGACAGAAGAAGAAUGGGAACAAUGGCAUUGUAUUAUGAUGAUUAAAAAUGAACCCUAUCGUGUUAUAUGGGUUCUCAACACUGCCACAGGUGAUCGUCUACCAUUACAGAUCGCUUAUCAACGUGGCUUAGUCGACGUUAAACAACGUUUGUUCUUCGAUGAGAAAUUAAACCGUAAAUCACAUACAUUCGAAGAAGCUGUUGAAUUAGGUUAUAUGGGUAUUGAACCUGAUACAGCAUCAUUACCAAUUCAUGUUGAUGGAAUUGAUUAUAUGAUUCAUUGGGUACUAGACUCGUCAACAAAACGUCGAAUCUUUCCACGACAAGCGGUACGAAAACAAAUUUUAGAUGCUGUUCACGGUCGAUAUAUCAAUCCGUUUAACAACUCUCAAGUUUCCUUGCAUGAAGCUAUUCAUUUGAAAUUUAUUGGUGCAACUGAAUAUAAUUCCAAAGAUGAUUCUUUAACAGUGACAAUCAAUCGACAAACAUAUACAAUUAAAUGGGUUUAUGAUACACGAAACAUGAAGAAGAUUCUUCCGCGUGAUGCAUUGAAACAAGGUAUUCUCGAUAUUCAAUUGAAUGAAUAUCGUAAAGUUGAUACCAACGAUGUUCUGACCAUCUACGAUGCUAUACAAGCUGGUUACAUACGCUGUAACGAUGAUGAUUCAUCAUCGGACAACAGUGUUCGACCACCCUCGAUCAUAUCAGUUGAUGAAGAUGAACUAACCAUUGCAACAAAGACGGCAACAUAUGUAAUCACAUCGGUUAUACAUCCAUUGACACAGAAAGAAAUCAAAGUGUCCGAAGCCAUUGAUUUGGGCAUACUGGAUAAAGAGAUAGGAAGUUAUCGGGAUUUAGUAACAAACGUUCAGUAUGAAUUAGCUGAAGCCAUUAAUGAAGGUUUAGUUUAUGCAACUAUAAUCGAAACCAAAGAGGAUACAGAAAUGUUAACAUCCUCUGUUCAAGAGAUAGUAAAGAAGUUUAUUGUCAAAAGUGUAGCCGUGGAUAGUGAAUCACAUGAAAAGAUUGGUGGUCUAGAAGCACAAGCAAUCGGUAUUUUGAAUUAUGCUCAAGGUGUUUAUCAUGAUCGAAAAUACAACGUGAAGAUUCCACUCGAUAAAGCUAUCGAAAAGAAACUACUCGAUGUGGAACUUGUCAGUCAGAAUCGUUUUGAAGAAUAUGAUUUGGAAUUGAUUACAGAUACGAUUACGGAAAAACGCAUUACAUUAUACCGAAUUCAUGGUGUACGUAACAAUGUCUUGGAUCGUAUGGAAUCGGGCGCUGUCGCUGUGAAAAAUCAAAUGAUUGAUACUGAAACAAAGACUUAUACCGAUUUUUCAACAGGCGAAACAAUGACAAUUCAAGAGGCCAUCGAUCGAAAAUUAAUCGAAGCUGAAAUCAGCGAACAUGUCGAAAGAAAACCGCUAGGUUUAUCAAUGCAAAACGCCAUACGGCUCGGCUUCUACGUUGCAGAAACAGGUACAUUCCGUGAUCCAGCUACUGAACACUAUAUGACAUUGAUGGAAGCCAUUGAACGUGGCCACAUUCAUGUCAAUGGUGUUGCUUUUGCUGAUAGUGAGCAAGGACCUAUAACACUCUACGAUGCUUUUUCACUUGGCUUGAUCAAUCGUCGGGAUGGUGGUAAACUCAAUCCACCGAAAAUCAGUGUUUAUCGUGCACGAUUAGUUGAAUCGAAACUACAUCGUAUGAACGUGGAGGAUGCGAUACGUUGUGGUUUACUGAACCUUCGAACAGGUCUUUAUAAACAUCCGCAUAGUGGUGAACAAUUACAUUUGAAAGAAGCCAUUCAACGUGGUUUAAUCGAUGGACAAAGUACGAUUAUUGAACAUCCGACCAGCGGACGAUUUAUGUCGUUGAAAGAUGCAUUAGAAGGUAUACGCAUUGAUAAUGAAGGACAAGUGGUUGAUUCUUAUUCGAAUAAAGUGAUCACAACAUUAGAUUUAGCUUUUAAUCAUCGCAAACUAUUCUCCCAGUUCGAUGUCAAUGCUGGUGAAGUGUUUCUACCAUCACAAAAUGAAGCAGUUGGUUUCGAAAAAGCUAUACGAAAGAAUCUAUUAGAUAACAAUCGAAUGAAACUGUUCGAUCCAAAAACUAGUCGAGAGUAUACAAUUCAAGAUGCGAUUGAACGUGGUCUCGUCGAUGCCGAAUCAGGUCUAAUCUAUGAUUCACAUUCGCACACACAAUAUUCUGUUCGUGAAGCUAUUCGUCAUGGUAUUGUCGCUAUUGUUGGCGCACCGCUCGUACCUAUCAAAGCUGACCACGAAACAGUUGCUGCCAAGAUCACAUCGCGAAAACAUCGACGACAUUCAGUGGUGAAAAGUUCGUUACAUUACGAUUAUAAUAGUGCACCGGAUUCAGGUGAUGAAGAUUCGCAUGGUAGUGGUUGGCAUCGAAUCAAAUCUCGAGGACGUGCCUUUAGUCCAUUAAGUACAGAUGAAACAAGUGACAUCCGACGAAAUAUUCGAAGACGAACUGGCUCGAGUCCAUCCGGAAGAUGUCGAGAUGACGAUUGGCGAACAGGAUGGAGAGAUGGAAAUAACGAUGAUGAUGAUACAUUGGGUGGAAGUGGAGGUGGUGCGAGACGAACUGGAGGAAAUACAUUUUAUUCAAGUGUUACAACCCGAACAACGCAGCAAAGCGGUGGAUCAUCGAAUCGAUCGCAAGGAGGACGAACAUCGUCGGGUUUUCAACAGAAAAAAGAAGACGUUUCUUCUUUAUCAACAGUACAAUUCAAGAAUGAAGAAAAUCACUGGAUUUCUGAUAUGCAAGCCGUCGCUGAUCGUUUAACAUUGCUGAAUACACAAUGGAAUCAAUAUGUGUAUCUAACAGAUGAUGCUGAUGAACUUCGAGCGAACAUAGAAGAGAUUAGAGUCCUGCAAUCCGAAAUUGAGGAAGAGCAAGUCAAGAUAGAGAUACUUUCUCAACAAGCUGAAUACAUCAAUCCUCAAUUUGUUCCAUUGAGUAACGAUCUCGAAGAAAAACGAGUCGAAAUAUGCAAUACUAACAAGAAGCUGACGAAUAUUUUCGAAUGUUUUCUCCUUCAAACUGAGCAAUUCAAUGUCACUUAUACUUAUCUAACUGAAUGGUUUAAAACGAAUAACAAAGAACUUGCAGCACCAGGGAACUUAACCACAUUGAAUGUAGAUCAUAAUAAGUUGAAGGACAUUCGAAAUGAAGGAAUUCAUUUACAAACUGAUCUCAAGACUCUUCAAGAUUAUUUACAAAACAUUGAUCUGACUAUACAAGACUUUCAAAAACUAACAAACGAUCGGCAAUGCCGAAGUGUUUUUCAUCAAUAUCAGCAUCGAUUUCAACUUCUGUCAAUUAAACAUGCCGAAUUUCUCCAGCAAAUCAAGAACAUUUCCGAUCAGUAUGAAAGUUUCAUCAAUCUUUUCGAUGAAAUCAAUCAUCUAAACAAUGAAUUUCUCAAAACAAUGAAUGAAUUCGAUCAGCAUCUCACUGUCAAUAAAAAGAAUGACAAUACCCUACAAUUGCUCUUACUCAACGUCCAACAACACCUAGAUAAACUCCAUCUGCUUGCCAAACAUGAACCGAGUUCACCUGAAAUCAAAGAACAUCUCUCUAACUUACUUCAUUCUCAUACUGAACGAUACAAUGACGCGCAAAGACGUUUGAUGCAUCAUUUCGAUUUAAUUCAACGUUAUCUUCAUGAAAGACAAACAAUCAAAGAGCGAAUUGAUGAAUUAGAUGUUUGGCUGGUGAACAACGUAGAAAAUGACUUUCUCUCUCAACCAUUAUCAUUGAAACGUUCGAAACUUGAUCAACAGAUCGUCAAUUUCCGACAAUUUCACGCACAAUUACGCACGCGUCGAUUUUCCUACGACUCAGAUAUUAACACAAAUGUUAAUCAUGAAGAAUUGUUUGACGAAAACGAUGAGAAGUCUUUAAAAACAACUGAAAAACAUCUCCAUCUAUUAGAACAACGAGCAUCACAAUACAACGAACGAAUUAAUCGUGUCUCAACACGUUUGAACGAAUUUCACCUCGAACAUGCCUAUUUAAUCGAGAAUUAUUCAAAAACGUUUCGUCGUUUUACUGAGCAAAUCGAACAUAAUGAUGAUCUGGACUUUACCGCUCUUCAGGCACUAUUAAGCAACGAUCAACAAUCAAAUAUCGAUCAUAAGUUAUACCAAGAGUUGGUUAACGCGUUGUUAGAUGAAGAGAAUAUUGAAGAUGAAAAUGAAAUCAUCGAACUUAUUCAGCAAAUCAAUGAACACGAAAAACAAUGCAAACGUUUUCAAAACGAUCUCAAAUUGAUUCUCCAUACCCGACAGAUCAUUUUUGAUCAAUACGAAUCGGCCAUGAAUCAUAUUCAGGAAUGGUUGACUACAACGGAUCAAUUAUUAAAUCAGCAAUUACCGAUGCAUGUGUGUCAACAGCUGCUAAUCGAACAUUCACAGUUACCUAUAGAACAAUUGAAAACAUACAAUGAACAAUUCAUUCAGUUCUAUUCAUCGGCGAAUCUGCUGAAUCUCUAUGAACAACUCAAAGUCACCAAAAAAGACAGAAAUUUAACGAAAAUCACGUCUGUUGCUCAAACCCAAACAGACCGAAUCAUAGAAACUUAUCAUCUGAUCAAACAACGCAUUGUUCAAUAUAUUCAGCAAUUGGAAAAUCUUCAACAACACGUCGGUCAAUAUCGGCUAGCAAAACAAAUCGCUGAAGAUUCGAUCGCAAAAGCCAAAUCAUUCGUGAAUUUGGACGAGAACAUCGUACUUCCAUUAGACGAUCAACAUAUUGAAGAAAUGUUACAAAAAUAUCAAAAAACAUUCGAUCGACUGAAAUCCAUGUCCUUUACGAUCGAUGAUUUCAAAACGAUCGGUUUGACCCUAAGCAAAACUGCUCAACGUUACAUCGAUGUCGAUUCCAUUCGAAAUGAAAUCGAAUCAAUCGAAAAAUCCUGGUGUGAAUGUAUUGAAUUCGUUCUGGAUACGAUCGACUAUCUCCAGCUACAUCAGGAAGAUUUAAGAGAAUUUUCUCAAUCGCUCAAACAUUUGCUGACUAUUCUCAACGAGAAGCACAUCUAUCUCGAGAAGAUUCAUCACGAUCAACUAGAUCAGUUUUACCAUGAUACUGAAAAACUGUACGAACAAAUCGAAGUAUUGAAUCAAAAAGGACAGUUAUUACUACAAACCUCGGGUGUUGAUUCAAACGACAAUCCUGUUGAACGAUUACUAGAAACAAUCAAUCAGCACUAUGAUAAUCUCAUUUUGAAAAUCAAAGCUCGUUUAAGUGGAACUUAUAUCACACCAUCGUCGACUCCUGUCAGAAUAAAUGAAAUUCUAUCGCCCACGACAACAACUCAGUUAAUCGAUGAACUUCGUCAUCAAAUCGACGAAUUGACUGUAACAAUGAAUGAACUCUCAGAGUUAUUAGUCUCAUCCACAGGUGACAUCAUAUCCUCUCAACCGAAUACUUUAACUGAACAAUUGGUUGACAAUGCUGUGGUACAGAAUGAAUUAGAAAAACAUCAAGCUCGAUUCGAACACCUGUUCUCGAAUCUUGACAGAUUAAAUCGAAUCAAACUCACUCAAGGUGACGUUAAGAUAAUCAAAGGUAAGAACGCUCAACAAGGCUCAUCGAUCGAUAAGAAUUUAUGUUUAGAUCUGCAUGAAAAACUUUCUCUUCUCAACAGUCAUUGGUCAAUUAUGAAACAAUCGAAUGAUUUGCGGCAAGAAAAUCUUCUUCUCACCCAAACCUGUGCCGGGCAAUUCUGGCUCGACUAUAACGAACUUUCCGUCCUUCUUACGCAAAUUUCUGCUCAGUUAAAACAAAUCCAUCCAUGUCCGACGUCAUUCGAGCAUGAACAACAACAAUACGAUCAGUUACGCACUCGUUUUCUCUCUCACCAAGUAAAAUUUCAGCAUCUAAUUCAGCAACAAACUCCACAACUAGUCGCAUUGGUUUCGGAUAAUGAUCAAGAAGCCGAAGAAAUCAAAGGUUGUGUUCACCAGUUAGAACAGGAAUGGACUCGUCUCGAUAGAGAAUUUAUUCAAUGUCAAUCCGAGUUCAAACAAGCAAUGAUUAAGUCUGUGGAGUUCAAAUCUAAAUUAGAAAAUGUGUCCACAUGGAUCGAUCAAGCAUCACAUCAAUGUGUGACGAAUGAAGAUGCAAAUAAAUUUGAACGUAUCAGAACAAUCAAAGAGCAUUUAGAUAAGAAAUAUCUUGAUAUCAUCAAUCUCAAGCAAGAUUACACUGAUAAUACAACCGAACAUCAACUGAUAGAAAUUGAUACGAAAUGGAAUCAACUUAACGAACAAAUUCAGGAACAAAAAACCCUCGUCUACGAUCUUGCUCUUCGUCAAAACCGUGUCGAUGAUGUAACUACUGACAUAACACAGUCACUAGAUGCGUGCUUAUUGAAACUAUCAGCUUUGUCCACAAAUACUACUGAUAUCAAUUCCAAUGAUAUAAAACAAAUCGAACUAUUGCUGGCGAAAUUCCGCAUUCUCUUGAAUGACAUUCAAUUGAUCUCAUACGACCUUGAACAAUUAAAAAAUAGUGAUUUCGAAGAUCAAAACUCACUCUUAUCGAUUAACAAACGUUGGGAAGAACUACUUGCUCGCACGAAUGAACAAUAUGAACAUCUUGAAAGACGAUUGGAACAAAUCAAACUAACGAAUCAGUUAUCCGACAGAAUAUCUAAGGAACUGAAUGUAAUUGACAAACAAGCGAAUGAAAGUACAAUCAAUACGAACUUUUCAAUUCUCAUUCAAUGUCUCAAAUAUCUCGAAGAACAAAUCCAAACAGAAUUUCCAGAUGAAAACUGCGAAUUGAAAAAGCAUUUAAUACAAGUUAAACAACGUUUGACACUUAAGCAUGAUAAAUUACGUGAAUUAAAACAUUCCAUGAACAGUUUUCAUCGAUUGCUACAGAAAUUUCUUGAUCUAUUAGGCGAAAAUGAGCGAUUUUUGAACACGCGAAAGCCAGUCCAUCGUCGUUUUGCACUUUAUUCAGCUUUGCUCAAUCAAAUGGAUGAGCAAAAAGCGUUUCAAAAACAAGUAGACACUUAUAAACAACAAUUCCAUGAUUUAGAGAAAUUAGUCGCACAUUUGAAAAUGAUAACAUCAAAACCAGAUAUAAAUCAAAUAUUGAACUCGUUUGCAUCAGUUCAAACACGUUGGCAACGACUUCUAACUCGAACGAAUGAACGAACUAAAGAAUUAGAAAAAGUUUUCCAAGAAACGAAAAAGAUCGUUCGACCCAUGGUGGCUGAUAUCGAUCGAAUUAAAAGUGAAGUUAAUCGGCAAACAUCUCUUUGCCAAUGUUCAAAUAAAUAUCAUGUACAACAAGUCGCUGAAGGACGAUAUCGAUUCGGCGGAUCACAAAGUCUUCGUCUCGUUCGUGUACUUCGAUCAACGGUGAUGGUUCGAGUCGGCGGAGGAUGGACUGCAUUGGAUGAAUUUCUUGUUCGACACGAUCCUUGUCGAGUUCACAAACAGAGAGGACCUAUGAAAUACCACAAUCCAGUAUUUACAGAUACACAGGCGACGAAUACCGUCAGUCAAAUAACUUAUAAUCCAUCAUUACUACAUCUUCAGUUUGCCUCUUGGGCAUUCGCAGCUAAAGGUCGAACAAACUUUGAGCUAUAUCCAGAUAGUUUCGUGUUACCUGAUGGUGCUGCUCAGUCCAUGACAUUGUUCAAACCAAGAUUUGUUACCGUCCGACAAACAAGCAAUCUCUUACAACCACAACCAUCAUCAACAACAACAACAACAAAACAAUCGCUAUCAGUUACACCAAUUCGACCUGUGAAAGAUAAACCACGACGUCCUUCGCCAUCAUCCAUGUCAUUGAUUCCACCGCCAAAUUUUUCAACAAACGGUGAUUUCUCCGUGUCCAUUGACGAUCUAUCCACUUCAUCUCAUCAUAUCUCCAGUGACUUGGAAACAAAACAAUCUCAUAUUCCAAUCGCGACUACCAUGUACACACCUGCAACAUCAACUCUCAGUCGAACAUCCAGUCGAGACAGUCUUUUUUCGGAAAAUUCUUCGUUUUCAACUCAAUCCGUACAACCGCGACGACCUAGUAAACUUCCAUUACCAGUUUCUCGACGUAAAAAGUCCGCAUCGACGAAAACUUCAUAA